CGAUCUUAACGAUCGCGAACGAUCGCGAAGCAUGAAGCAGGUUUUGAGACGUUUGAUCCGUUUGAGGGUGUAAGGGUUUUAGUGCUGUAUGAGGGAUGUGAGAAAUGGCGCAGCCUGUUCGGUUAACCAUCGUAAAAAUGACAUCUAGAGGAUUACCUGUCAGAUGUCUGGAAAUAUUGAAGCUAAGGAACGCCUUAACUGCAUGUUUUAUUACGCCCGUGCAACCUGCAAGAGACUCUUCAUAUCAAGGCAGCAAACUCAUUGGACCACCAAGUCUUUAUACUGAUGUAGAAAUAUCGAGAUCACCUGAAGAAUGGAAAUUUGUGGAAAGGCUUCUGCCUAAAACAUUUAUUCCAGAACCCACACUGAAAUCAGACUAUCCAUCAGGUUGGAAACCACCUACUGAAUCAUCUUGCAGUCAUCCCUAUUUUGUGGAACGAAACAGGAAUCACAUGUAUCCGCUCUACCUAAAAAUACAAGGCCGUGGAGAAAGAAAGACCACAAAAUUAAAACGUAUUCAAGGUGACAUUUGGGCAUUACAUGAUGACCUGAAAAAGUACUUGGAAGACAGAAGCAAGAAGUAUGUAUAUCUGCAGAUACAAGAAGUAUCAGGACACAUCAAUAUUAAAGGAGAUUAUGUCAGUAUUGUUGAAGAGUGGUUACAGGAUAAAGGAUUUUAAUUACAAUGCUGCAAAAUUAGUAUAAACUUUCACAUACAUAGAAACCAAACUGGAAUACCAUGUAAGUUUAGAAACAAGCAGACUGUCAAAUGCAACUGCUUAAUUUGUAAUCAAGUAUGCAUGUGUGUACUGUUGAUGAUGUCAUGAAUUCAAGACAAAAAUGUAUGGCUUAGGCGAAUACAGAUUUUUAACAGCUGAAUUUUAUAGUCCAUUUAUUUAUAAACUGAAAAUACAAUACCAUAAACAACAUUAUGCUUUAUAAUGAAACAUUCUGUACUGUAACAGAUGAACUGGAAUUAAACAGUAAUUGUAUACAACUUGAAACUGCUGAAUAUAUUAUGGAAAUGCAAAUUACA